CGAGAUCCGCCAUACCACUGUGACAGCGCCGCACGCACGCGCGCGCACACACACACACACACACACACGGUACAGGAAUCAGCUUCCCGACACACAGGCGAAGGUCGCGCGCUUCUCCUCUUCAUCCGGGACAUUUAUUAUCAUUUCAUAUUCAUACAGGUGAAGACGUGAUGGCGGAGGACAUUCAGCAGAAACUGCAGCAGUACCGCACCGCUCCGUUCGACGCCCGUUUCCCAAACCAGAACCAGACCAGGAACUGCUGGCAGAACUACCUGGAUUAUUAUCGAUGCCAUAAUGCACUGGAGGCCAAAGGCGGACGUGACUCCUGUGACUGGUACAAGAGGGUGUAUAAAUCACUGUGCCCCAUUUCCUGGAUCGAGAAGUGGGACGCACAGCGUGAUGACGGAACUUUUCCCGGGAAGAUCUGAAGAUCUCUCCAUCCUCCUCUUCUCAUUAAGGGAACCUAAAGUGUCUGUUUAUAUAUAAAUGUGACGCGUCCCUGCUCACGUUCCGAGUGGGACCUGAACUUUUCCCAUGAUGCACCUGUGGCUGAGCAGGACGGGGUGGAGCUGUAUAUCAUUCCGUAUUACAGUGAAAAUGUGUUGCAGCGUGUGUAUUAAAGGCUCUGUAACACCA